AUGGUUGAAGAAGAAGAAGAUCCACCACCGUACGCCUCGUUAAUCGCGAUCAGCGACGACGCGAAGUCGAUCCUCCACGUGGACCAAUCGACGAAACAGUUUGACAAAUUCGGCAUAAAGAAAGUCCCUCUCGAUGGUCCGACAAUCUCGCUUCGAUAUUCGAACUCGAUUCUCGGUCGCAUCUUGAUGGCGAAAGAUAACGUGACGAGAGCGAAGACGCAAGUCGCGGAUUUAGCGUUGGAUUUACCCAGUGUGUCCGCGGAACACGCGAAGAUCAUCUGCGUGAAAGAUUCUUCGUCGCCGCUCGGGUACACGGCGACCAUCACCGAUUGCAGCCGAAACGGGUUAUGGGUGAACGGAGUCAAGUUGGUAAAAGGGGAGCCGAAUUUUUUGAAGGACGGAGACUUGAUUGACUUUCCGUUUCAGUGCGUGUUUAAGUUUCGAGUGAACGAAGGCGUGGAACCGAAUUACGGGACGCCGAAGCACCGAUUGAAGAAGGGAGAGAAAAGCGCCGCGGCGUCGAAGAAGAAGAAAGAGGAGGUUGGCACGGCGCCGCCGCCGAAGAAAGCGGCGAAGAAAGAAGAGGAAGCGAAGGAGGUCGUUCUUCCAGUUCCUGCCGCGAAGAAACGAGCGUCGCCGGAAAAAGAGAACGUGGAGCAGAAGGGGGAGGAGGAAGAAAAGAACGAAGAAGGGAAAGACGCGGAGACUGGGCUUCCGUUGCCGCCGUCAAAGAAAGGAAAGAGCGUCUGGGCGAGCAAAACGGCCCCCGAUGAGGAGCAACUCCAAGAAGAAGGAAAAAAAGAAGAAGAAAAAGAACAACAACAAGUUUUGGUCGAAUCAAACGAAAACCUCGCCAAUGUGUCAGCUUUGGAAGAGGAAAUCGCGAAUUUGAAAAAGUCCAACGAGACUGUAUCGCGAGAGCGCGACGAGUUUGCGGCGAUGAAUAAAAAGUUAAAGACGAAAGUUAAAGAGGCUGAGGAGAAAGACGCCGGAACCACGAAGGCGUUCGAAGCAUUUAAAGCGGAAUCCAAGGAAGAAAUGGAAGACUUGGACAAGGUGAUUGAACGAUUGACCGAGGGGAAUGGCGAGAAGACGAAGGAAAUCGAAGAGGCGCGCGCAAAGAUCAAUUCUAUGGAAGAAGAGGUUACGGAAAUGAAGGCGGCGAUUGCGAAACACAACGAAGAAUACGCGAGCAUGGAGACGAACCUGAAAGAGUUGACGCAAAGACUCGAAACGUCUGAAAAAGAACUCGACGAAGCAAAAUCGUCGCUCGAAGCGAACAAAGAUGCGAUCGAGCGCGCGGAAAAAGCGGAAGAGAACGAAAAGGCUGCCAGGGAAGAGUGCGUAAAAUACCAAGAAAUUUCCACCAAAGCUUCCAAAGAGUUAAACGACUGGGCGGAUGUCAUUGGAAAGUCUGAAACUUUACAAGCGAACCUCGAAGAGGCCGUGAAAGCGAAGGAAGCGAGCGAGAAGGAGUUAGCGACGAUGAAGGAAACGCUCGCGGUUUCAAGAGCGGCGUUUGUGGAAGCGCAAAAAGCGCUCGUCCUUGUUGGAGAACGUUUGCACGUUAGUUCGGACGAAGAGGAAGAGGAUGACGUGAAAGUCGAUGAAACUAUGGAAAUGGACGAAGACGACAACCAAACGCACACCACGAACGAAGAAGAAACGGAGAAUGGUGAUUUCCACGCCACUCAAGUUGCUCCGCCGGUGAACGAAGAGGAGGAAGACGAAAAAGAAGAAGAAGAAGAAGACGUUAACGGCGGCGAGGAACAUAAUGAACAACAAGCGGCGGCGUCGGCUUUCGAUCCACAAACGCAGGAUUGCGUUGAUAUUGAAUUUCCGGCGACAGAAGUUCAAGAACCUGCGAAGGAAGACGAGGAGGAACAAAUCCAAACGCCAGCUAAGGACGACGCGAGCGAAGAAAACGAGGAAGAAGGAGAUGACAUGGAGGCAAAAUACGCGAGUAUGAUGAAAAAAAUGACUCCAGCGCCUGAAGGAGCAGCAGUGGUAGCAGCAGCAGCAGCAGCGUGUGCAGCGUGUGAUGAAGAAGAACCAAAAGAGGAGCAAGAAGACGAAGAACUCGUGCGAAGUACUCCAAUUGCGCAAGCGCUCGUUGAAAACGCCGUCGCGAACAUAAUCGCCGCGGAUGAAAUGGUCGAAGAUGAUGUCAGAAAAGCAUCGUUACCGACGCCAUUUGAAAAUAACAAAGGGUUGGGAUUCACGCAAGGCGAUGAAGACGAAGAGAAAGCCAACGAAAAGGAGGAAGAAGAAGAAGAAGAAAAAGAAGAAGAGGAGGAGGAGGAGGAUUUGACUUUAUGCGGCGAGGAUUUCGUGGAGAAGACGGAAGAGAUUCCAAAGUCUGCUUUGAAUAAGGCGAAGCAUUUUCGUUUUCCGCAAACGCCGUUGUCACCGAAGCACUUAGUAGUCGAAGGCGAAGAAAACACGCCGGCGAGUAGUGAAGGUAAAACUUUCGAAGAAGGUGGAGAAAAAGAGGCGUCUCAAAAGCGUUCUCCGCUGGCGACCCACAGCCCGAUCGUGCUCGAUUAA